UACGGGCUUACCCAGCAGGUAAGUCUUAGGCCACCGCCUGCGGCGUCCGCCCCAGGAGCAGCGAGACCCAAGAUUCCAUCAAACGUUUGCCCGGUCUUUGCAUCAUUUUGGCAGUCCCUUUCCCUGCUGAGGGAGAAUUAAACAAUUGGAAAAAGUCCCAAUCAGAAUACCACCCGCAGGACGACGAAGAAAACCCAAUUUUCAGUCCCCAACCACGAAAUGGUGGGAGGCGUGCGGGGUGGGGGGGGAACCGGAAAAGGAGUAGGGAGAGGAAGGGUGCCCAGCUACAAGAAGUCUUCACAUCUCUCUGCGGUUCCUGGUAAACGCGCUCCUGUCCUGAGUGUGGAAGGAACCUAAGAGUUCAGGAAAGAUCAAAGUAACGGGCCUCUUCCCCACACUCGCGCUCUCCUUUCCCCGCUGCUGGGUUGCGGGGCACCCUAGAAGGAUUCGGUGAGGGUGAGGCCUUGCGGACGGGUGGAAGGAGCCAACCUGCCGAAUCUGAGCCCAAGCCUGCUGAGAAGUGUGGGGGCCUUGAGGGGAUCAGCGUUUCUAGCUUCUUUGCGCCCUCCUUUCCCAGAGAUCUACCACAAUUCCACUCUGGAGGCAUUCUCCGCCCACCAAAUCUCCUUUGUAGCCCCAGGACCCGUCGGUUUCUGGGGCCCUUCCUGACUCCAAAACUCCUGGGCGCUGUUGCUCGUGAGUGCUGCCCAACUAUCGUCCUCUAAAACCACCUCCAUCCCUCACUGGGCUGGCCCCCUGAGCCUUCGGUGAGGAAAUGGGGUUCCGCAUUGCCUGCCUGGGAGCUUGACAGCCUGACUAGGAAAGGGCUAAUUCUCUUUUUCUGUGCAAAUGACUUGAGCUAAUUAUUUGAUCUGAAGCAUGGGCAAGUAAAGGAUCAUUGGCAGGCGUGGGGAGGCAGGCGUGGAAUCUUUCCCACUUUGUCCCCUUUAAAAAAAGCAACCAAAACACACACCGAAACCCCUCUGGUCUUAAUGGGCUAGCUGGAACUGGGCUUUCCGGGGCCGGGAAUGGGCCCCUAGAAGUUUCCCAGUUUGGGGGAUGGAUAGGGCGGGGUCCCUGAGUCCAGAGCUGGGAGUUGGGUUCAGCGGCCCAAGACGCUGGCUUUUUCAGAUUCCUUUGCGCUGGGGCAGUGCGUGGGGGCUGCUUGGGUCCCUCCGGGCCUGCCGGGACCCUCAGGCUCCCAGGGCAGGACCAACCCACCCGACCCAGUGGCGACUCUCAGGCCUAGAAGCCGCCACUUUGGUCCCUCCCCACUCCGGUCAGCCAGCGCACGGCCCCUCAGGCCCAAACGGCGAACAGGUACCGGCAUCCGCCUGCUUUUGCACUUGGGGAUGGGGGAGCCACCUCGUGACGCCCCUUCUGCCUCUCACCUGCUUACCCCUUUCUCCCUGUUCUGUAGGUUUCCCCCUGGAGCCAGAAGGAAGCCCGGUGGCAGCCAACCUUCCCGAAGGACUAAGCCCGCACCAUCCGGCUUCCUCCAGCGGGCGCCUGCAGGACCCAGGAACACUACAUCAACACUCUUGGCGGGGAUGUGGACACAGAAGACUCCUGUUACAAGAAAAUACAAUCAUGUCUCAAAGGCUGUAAUUUAUAUGCAUUUUAAAACUCUCUAGGCAUUGAAAACCACCCAAGUGUCCCAAAUAGAAGGGUAAAAUAUAAUCAAUCACUCAGUGUAAUAUUAUACAUCCUUUAAAAAUGUUAUUGGAAAAUGUUUUAUGAUCUGUAAGUCCAAGGAACCCUCUCCCACCAUUUCUUUCUCCCCACUGUUCCCCCAUACCCACACUUCUUUGUUCCAGUUGGCAUGUAAACUUGGUUUUCCCGCCAAAUGAGUCAGUCAUGAUGGGAACGUCAAUUGAUUUGAACAGAUGUGUGUCAAUGUUACUUGGAAAACUAGAUGCCAAUAACCAGGGCCACAGAAAAAGGCAGUGGUUGCAACUCUGUAAAAAUUUAUGCAUGCACACAGAAAAGGACUAAAGUGGAACCCCACACAGGAAAACAGUGGGCUGUACCCCUAUGCUGGGACAUUGAAUGACUGUAUGCUACUUUUGAUUUUCGUUAAUAUGGGCAACUGUCCAAUUAAAAAAAACUCCUAAGGA